UGGAUUCUGUGAAGUCAAUUAUGGUUUUAUAAGGUCUAUGAGCAUAAAUAAUAAACCCAAUAGAUAUGACAUCAUAAUGAUGAUGUCACUAUUAUAAACCUUUUAUAAGGAUGCUCGUUUAACUUUAAGAGGAUAUCGAUCAAACGAGGGGGUCGACCAGCACGCUACGUCACUUCCGGGAUGUAUGCGCGAGAGCAACAUGACAGCUGGUUUGUUUUCAUCAACAAGGGGACCUAGAAGAAGACGUCGGAGUGUCAUGUGGUGAGCGUCCUCCCUGUCCUCCGGGUCCUCCCUGUCCUCCGGGUCCUCCCUGUCCUCCGGGUCCUCCCUGUCCUCCGGGUCCUCCCUGUGCUGAUCUGAUCAGAGCAGCUGGGCUGAAGAGGGAGCAGCGUUCCUUCCGGAGACGUCUUCCAGGCGCUCACUCUGGAGUAAGACGCCAUGGAUGUGCAUGCAGGCGCGUCCCCCUCUGAUAGGCCGCCACCACGCACGCAGGAGAAGGUCCACGCCUCUGCAGGACCAGCAGAGCGGGGCGGCGCCAUGGAGCCGCCGGAGGACUCGGGGGGGCGGAGCUUCGUGGAGGUCCUGAGCGAGAAGUACAGCCCGGAGAACUUCCCCCUCCGCAGGGGGCCCGGUAUGGGGGUGGUGGUGGUCCCCACAGUGGUCCCCCAGGGCUCCGCAAUGAAAGAGCGGCUGAACAUGCCCACCAUCCUGGUGCUGAACAGCUGUGGGAUCCGUCGGGCCGGAGACCCGGCGGAGAUCGCUGCCUUCUGCGCCCACGUCACGGAGCUGGACCUCUCCCACAACCAGCUGCAGGACUGGAGAGAGAUCAGCAACAUCGUGUCCAACAUCCCCAACCUGGACUUCCUGAACCUGAGCUCCAACCCUCUGUCGGGCCGCAGCCUGGAGCCGCGGUGCGCCGGGGGCUUCUCCCGGGUCCGCCGCCUGGUGCUCAACAACACGCGUGUGUCCUGGGACACGGUGCUGCUGCUCACCAGGGAGAUCCCCGAGCUGGAGGAGCUGUUCCUGUGCCUCAACCAGUACGGGGCCGUGGGGGCCUCCAGCGUGGCGUGCCCCACCCUUCGGCUGCUCCACAUCACCCACAACGGCCUCCAGGACUGGGCCGAGGUCCGCAAGCUGGGCCCCAUGUUCCCGGGCCUGGACACGCUGGUCAUGUCCAACAACAGCCUGUCCUCCAUCCAGGACGGGGAGGACGUCCUCAGGAGACUCUUCCCCAACCUGCGCAGCAUCAGCCUGACCAACUCGGGUCUGAGCCGGUGGGAGGACAUCGAGAAGCUCAACUGGUUCCCCAAGCUGGAGGAGGUGCGUCUGCAGGGCAUCCCGCUGCUGCAGAGCUACACCAACGCCGAGCGCCGCAGCCUCAUGAUUGCGCACCUCCCUGUGAUCUCUCUGCUAAACAGCAGCGUAGUGAGCGACUGUGAGAGGGAGGACGCCGAGAGGUUCUUCAUCCGGUACCACGUGGACCACCCCGAGGGGGAGCUGCCGUACAGGUACCACUCCCUGGUGACCAAGUACGGGAAGCUGGAGCCCCUCGCUGAGAUUGACCUUCGACCCCGUGACCACGCCCUGGUGGAGGUUCGCUGUGAGGACAAAGUGGAACAGCUGAGCGUCCGAUUGGACCAGACGGUGGCGGAGCUGAAGAAGCAGCUAACCACGGUGGUGCAGCUCUCCACCAGCAGCAUGAGGAUCUACUACAUCGACAAGUGCAGCGCCUUCGGCCCCGAGGAGAUGAAGUACAACACCCGGGCACUGCACUCCUACAGCAUCCAGGACGGAGAUGAAAUACUGGUGGUGCCCAAGACCAAGUGACCCCAAUGACCCCAAUGACCCCAAAGAUUGAUUAAUUAAUUGUCUGUUGAUUCGUUAAACGAGGCCACGGUGGACCGCUGCUGGGAGUUUGAUUUGUUUCAGCUUUGUUGUUUGAGGGAGCAGCUGCCAGUAGAUCUAAAGCAUCUGUUGUCCUCAUCUCAUUGCGUCUCCUUACUCUUCAGAAGACGUCCCCGCGCUCUUGGCUUUGGCCUCCAGUGUGUUUUAAACAGAACGACGACCCGCUGACACCAGCUAGUGGUUCCGUCAUAAAUUCAUGCAAUGAGCAUCUUCAAAGGCGCUGUUUCCUUCAUCCUGUUGUGGGUUUUCUGGAGAAGGCUGGGUGCCGGAGUAUUUGUGGGACCAUGGCGAUGGCGGUACCCAUCAUGCACUGGGCCAGUUUGAAGCGGGUCUGAUGAAGGUCGGCACCUGGAGGUUUCUGCGUCCAGGUCAAGGAGCCAGCGGCGAUGAAGAUGAAGCCAAACCAUGUGACAGCUCUUCCUCUCACCGGUCCAUCUACGUUCUGACCCUCGUCUGUGCUCAUGGGCUUCUGGGUAGUGACGGAGAGCCGACAUCCGGGGCGUCGCAGCCAGCUGAUCGGACCUUCCUCUGCAGAACCACAACAGGCUGGAGGACGUACAUACACAUGUACACAUGUAUGUAUAGAUACAUAUAUAUAUAUACAGUACCACACCCUGCCAUUUAAUGGAAUAGAAUUGAUUAAUAUCGAGUCUUUCAGAAUCAGUUUAACCAUGAGAGUGUAAAUCCAGUAUCUCCAAUAUUCAAAUAUGCUUUUCUCUGAUCGUCUUUCAUUGUAAGCAACCAACCAAUCCAUGUAUUUAAAACAAAUAGUAGCACUUAAAUUGUACUUAUGAUGUCUAUUUUAUAAUUUAUAUAACAUGUUUUGAAACUGCUUAUUUGACGAAACUGUACUUUCUUGUUACUUGUUCUUCUGAGUUUGUAUCUCUAUGUGGAAAUGCACUUAUUGUACGUCGCUUUGGAUAAAAGCUAAAUGACAUGUAAUGAAAUGUAAAAUAUCAAAGUUCAGGUUUGAUCGUAUCUGUCUGCUAGCUCAGCCCGCUAACACAGCUAGCAUGAAUUCCGCUGAGCAAACUUCCUGUACAUGGAUAUCUUGUUUUGUGCGUUUAUCCAAUCAUUCGUCAUGCUUUAAGGAAGAGGGCAUUGACUCUGUAAGACACAUUGUGUCUUGACUUACUUGCACAUGCUGUCGUUUUAUGCACCUUAAACCCUUUACCGCUGAUAUAUGCUCCUUUCUGCAGCCAAAGAUCGACGCUUAGUGUUUUCCUCAGAAGACUCGUGCACACAGAACAUUCAUAUUCUGUCUCCAGUACGUAGAUGCAACAAUACUCUAUUUAAUCGAAUGCUGUGAGGUUCAAAGAUUCACCACAUGUAUGACCCCAAGCCGAAGAGAGACUGAGGUUGGCUUUUUGUUUCGGAGUGCGUUGCCAUGGAGACGUCUGUCUUCCCUUCAAUGUAACGGGACUAACUCAAGCCGACCCGGUUUGAACAGAACCUGAAGGAACUAUUGUAUUUCAACCAGUAAUAAAAGAAGGAUGAAAGAUUCACUACUAAUAAAGCAACGAAACAACAAAA